AUUUACAGGAAGUCGUUUAUAAAACCAAACAUCAAGCAGACACUGAAACCGAUGAAACACCUGACUGUCUGAUCUUCGGCCACCGAAGUGUUGCUAACAGGUAACAACAGUGGCGCUGGUUGUGGUGCGACACGAUGGGCAUCACGAAACUGGCCGACUUGAUCCGCUUCGAUGCUCCUGGUGCCAUCUCUCACAAAGACAUCAGUGACUACUCAGGAAAAGUCAUCGCUCUGGAUACCUCUAUUAUUGUGAACCAGUUUCGUGCAGUGACACCAACACUAAGCCCACUGAUCGGUGUCUUCUUCCGCACACUCACCUUCCUGGAGCAUGACAUAAAACCAGUCUUUGUGUUUGAAGGAAAGCCUCCUGAGGAAAAGACACCUGUUCUUGAGAAGCGAGCUGAAGCAUCUGGUUGGAAAUUCCCCAACUGCACAGGAACGGCAUCAUCCCAGACCAAGGAUUGUCUCCAGCUCAUGAAGCUUCUUGGAGUACCGUCCGUCCAGGCUCCAGGGGACGCUGAGGCACUGUGUGCCCGGCUGGUGAGAGAGGGGAUUGUGGACGCGGUGGCAUCAGAGGACAUGGACACGCUGGCGUUUGGAGCCAAUACUCUUAUUCGUCAGCUGAACGCCAAGAAGGACAGUGAAGUUACUGAAUAUUCUUUACCCAAGCUGUUAGAGAAACUCCAAAUCAGUCAUGAGGAGUUUGUUGACCUCUGUAUUUUGUUGGGCUGUGACUACUGUGAUAAGAUAACUGGUUUGGGUCCUAGAAGAGCUCUGACACUGAUCCAGGAGCACCGUACCAUUGAGAAAGUGGUCUUGCAUAUCAACAGACAGACUCAUCCUGUUCCAAAUUUCUGGAAGUACAAAGAAGCACGAAAGGUAUUUUUGGAUGCACAAGAGACUGUAGCCCCUGAACUGGUCUGGACGGAGCCAGAUGAAGAAGCCUUGGUUGGGUUUCUCUGUCAAGUCACACAUGUUAAGGUGGAGAGGGUGCGUCGUCGAAUGGAAAAGUUCCGUCAGACACGGGAAAGCAAGCGAGAGGACCGAAAAAAUGAAAAAGCAACAGGACGCAGCAGGCAAACCCAAAUGGAGGACUUCUUUAGAGUAACCAGAAAGAGGGUGAAGCCUUUGGAAGCUGCAGAAUCUUCAAAAAGCAACAGAAAGAGACCAAAGUCAACAUAAGAAUGCUGCCGCUUGUCUCUUCCGACAAACGAAAGGACAUUUUUCAUUAAUCUCCAUGUCAAGAUCUGUCCAAGAAUUAUGUACCAAGUUGACAGACAGUUCACAAAUCUGUUGUUAUACUAUACUAUAAUAAUAUGCUACAUUCCUGUGCUAAGAGGAAAUCCAGCCCAAAUUUUUAAUUCAAUCACAACUGUCUCGACUUAACGCUUUAUGUUAGAUUGUGGUUUUGCAUUUAAACAGUACUGUGUGUUAACUUUUAGUUUUCACCCAAUUAGAAGAAGCUGAAACAGGCAUCUUGCAAGACACUAACAUCAAGACUAGUGUCAGUGCAUGGGAGAACUACCCCCACUGACAAUACAAUAAUCUGAUCCUGUCUGAACAGCAGUGUCUCGGAAAUGCAUAUCACUGAGCAGAGCCUCAGUGCAUCCAGCAGUUUCCUGAAAAGCCAGAGCAGGCAGCAGACAGCAAUGAAAGAGAACAGUGCGGUCACUGUAAGAGAGGACUUCCCCUAAGCCAAAACUGGAGACAGGGGGACGUCUCAUCACUAGAUAUUCAAUGAGCACCUGUUCUGCAAAGGAUGCCGAGGCAGGGACCAGAAUUUCAAAACGUGCACUAAUGUGGUAUCACGUGUGAAUAAAGAGAUAGUGAGAUGUUUAAAUCCAUGAAAACAAGAACAUUUUGCCUUAUUUUGAAAAGACGUGGUAUACACAGACCAUUGUACAAUUGUGUUAUGUUUUCAGAACAUGUUUGCAGUUUUAAUUAAAAUAAUUGUUUAGUUG